GACCGAGUGAGAAAGUCCAUAGAACAUUUGGAGUCUACAUACUGUCACGAGAAGUAAGAAGAGAAGAUCCUCGGAGGCUUAUACAAAAAAAAGGACUACUUUUUACUUUUUUUCUUUGGAAAAUGUAAAAAGAUCUAAAAUAAGACAAAAUGCUCAGUAUUAUGGUCCAAAAAGCUGAAGAUCUGGAGCUCAUAGGGGAAACAUGGAGAAGCCUGUGAACAUAUCUAUAUAAAGGGGGAAGUUACGGAAGGGGUAAAGAAUUAGCAGGGCAGUAUGGGAGUAAGAGGAAGGGCCACCUUGGCUGUCAUCUUCAUCGCUGUCUUUCUGUUCUCUCGAUGGCUCUAUGGUGGUUGGGGUCAUCACUGGGACUAUUGCCUAAAGGAUUCCAUUAAAGAUGAUGAGUCUGUCGAUUUGACUGCGAGUAACGCCUCGUCGCAAGACAGUCCACCUCCACUGAAAGUGUGUCCAGGACAGAAAUUUCAGAUGGCGUAUUUGCUGAUGCAUCUGCAGGCUGCACCUGUCUCUACCAAUGAUGUUUUGCUAAAGCCAUAUCUAGCCAGCUGGGAUGAGCUCAUCAAGUUCAUGGACACCUUGGGACCAAUGGUGGGUAUAAUCUCCCAAGAAAUUGAGUCCAAGACUUCCAUUAUUCGCGAGCUUGCCAAAAGAGAGGAGGAGAAAAGGAAACAGCACGGACAAGACUCAGCCUCACAUGGCAUUUAUGUUUCAGUGCGGUCCAUGAUCGUGUCAGAGAUGGAGCAGGGUUUGGUGAACUUUGGCCAGUUCACCGAAUCUGGUUGCAGGACUUUACUGCGUCUCCAUCGGGCUCUCCUCUGGGUGCAGCUCUUUCUACACAACCUGGCUGAUGAAAAGAAGGAAACAAUGGCUCGCAGUCCGUCUGAGCUCUGCCGAGAGGCUUACCGCCUCACACUGGCACAACACCACUCGUGGUGGGUGAAGAAGGCGGCAGAGCUGGCGUUCGUGGCCAUUCCUGACAGACAGUUCUUCUACAAAAUGAUGUGCGUGAGGACGCAGGCAGAGGCAGCAGGAUUGUUAAACCGAGCGGUCAAAGCCAUUCAAAAUGUGUACAACAGGACUCAAGUGGCUUUGAAAGAACAUGAUAUGCUAGCACUACCAUAAAGACAUGGAGCGGAGGUAUAAUGCUGGCAUGAUCAGGUGUCCAGAAUGUACAUGCAUUGUUGGUGAUACCACAUGAUGCCAUGAAGACAUAAUGUCACAGCAUGCUAGCAACAUGCAAUAAGGGCACAUAGCAUGCUACCGAGACCAUACGGAUGACUAGCAUGCUAACAGCACCAUAAGGACACUCAGCAGGCUAGUAAUACUGUACCAUAGGGACAAUCUGAAUGUUAGCAACACCAUAAGGCUACCAAACAUGUCAGCAACAGCAUAAGAAGCUGACGCCUUCUAGCAUGCUCUGUGCCCUUAGGGUGUUACUAGCAUCCUGGUUUUCCUUUUGGUAUUGCUACCCACAUAGCAAAAUUGGUUUGAUCCCAGUGAUGGGCCACACAAGCCACUUUCACUUGGCACAAAUAUACUAAUGAAUUAGGGUACAUGACUGGAGAAGGUCUGGUUGCCAGAACUCCGGCUACAUAUGGCCCAUUGUAUAGUCAUAUCUCAGCCAAAUGUACAACUAUAGCUAGUCCGAUUCUGGUCUUAUAUAGGACCAAACAAGUUGGUUCCACAUGUCAGCCCCAACAAAACCUUAAUCUAGUCAUUUUAUACCCACCCUUAUACACGCUUUGCUCCAGAGUUGAGGAGUCCACGACGGUUAGUGAUGUGCAGCCUCAAGAACGUAUUAGUGUCCACACAAUUCUUCAACAGCGCUGGUUCCUGACAUAGUUUUCUUUUUGGACUACAUUUUUUUUUAAAUCUUGGUAAAAUCAUUUUAAACCAUUAACCAAACCGAGCAGCUGAUUCGCAAGAUUACACACUUUCAGCUGAAGAAAACUUUUUUUGGAAAAAAACAAAAAGACAAAGGUACAAGAUUAAGUGUGUGACACUACAAUGAGGUAAAAACUGCAAACUCUUUUUUUUUUAUAUAUAUUAUUAUUCAUUUAUUUAUUUCUUUUUUGCCAUAAAAGGUCUUUUUAAUUGAGAAGAAAUGUGUAAAAAUUGGCCUUGUCUUGUGCAUGAAAAGGUUGAGAAAAAAAAUAUGAAAUAUGUUUAAUGUUAAUAUAAAUUAUAAAGGGUUUUAUAAUGAAA